CGGAGAGAUCCAGGAGCUGCCUAGCCAGGAGCUGAGCUGAGGUCGGCUGCGCCCUGGGACAGCCUGCAGAGCAGCUCAGGAUGGCAUCAGGCAGGGCACGUUGCACCCGGAAGCUCCGGAACUGGGUGGUGGAGCAGGUGGAGAGCGGGCAGUUCCCAGGAGUAUGCUGGGAAGAUGCGGCCAAGACCAUGUUCCGGAUUCCCUGGAAGCACGCAGGCAAGCAGGACUUCCGGGAGGAUCAGGACGCCGCCUUCUUCAAGGCCUGGGCGAUCUUUAAGGGAAAGUACAAGGAGGGGGACUCGGAAGGCCCUGCUAUCUGGAAGACUCGUCUGCGCUGUGCUCUGAACAAGAGUUCUGAGUUCCAGGAGGUUCCUGAGAAUGGCCACAGGGAUGGGGCUGAGCCCUACAAGGUGUACCGGCUGCUGCCACCCGGAGCCCUCCCCGCUCAGCCAGGGACCCAGAAAUCACCAUCAAAGCGACACCACAGUUCUGUGUCCUCUGAGAGGAAAGAGGACGAGGUUACCACGAAGAACUGCAUACUCAGCCCCUCCUUGCUCCAGGAUCCCCUCAAAAAUGAGCUGGUGGAGACCAGUGCGGGAGCAGCCUAUUCAGACUCCGGGAGCAGCAGCAGCAGCAGCAACAGCCCUGAGCCUCAGGAAGGUAGGGACACAGCUGAGGCCCCUCUCCAAGGAGAUCUGGUGUCCCCAGAGCUUCUGCCCCCUCCAGGUUCAGACUACUCUCUGCUGCUCACCUUCAUCUACGAUGGAUGUGUGGUGGGUGAGGCCCAGGUGCAGAGCCUGGACUGCCGCCUCGUGGCUGAGCCCUCGCGCUCCCAGUGCGGCAUGGAGCAGGUGAUAUUUCCCAAACCCGGCCCACGAGAGCCCACCCAGCGCUUGCUGAGCCAGCUCAAGAGAGGGGUCCUGGUGGCCAGCAACUCCCGAGGCCUCUUCGUGCAGCGCCUUUGCCCCAUCCCCAUCUCCUGGAACGCGCCCCAGGCUCCACCUGGUCCAGGCCCGCACCUGCUGCCCAGCAACGAGUGUGUGGAGCUCUUCAGAACCGCCUAUUUCUGCAGAGACCUGGCCAGGUACUUCCAGGGCCUGGGCCCCGCACCCGAGUUCCAGGUGACACUGAAUUUCUGGGAGGAGAGCCCUGGCCCCAACCACACCCCACAGAGUCUUAUCACAGUGCAGAUGGAGCAGGCCUUUGCCCGACAUUUACUGGAGAAGACUCCAGAGGAUCAGGCAGCCAUCCUGUCCCUGGUGCAGAGCCUGGAGGACCCGGCCUCCUUCUCCUCUUUCUGUUCCUCCUAUCUGCUUUGAGAGAGCCUCUUCCUCCAGGCUCUCGACCUGCCUCCCACGGGGAUCAUUCUCAUUGGUUGUCUGUGGUGAUUUAGUCCUUGAACUCCUCAUAGACCCUGGUUGGCGGGGAACUCAAGGAUGACUUUUUUUUUUUUUUUUUAAAUUUUGAGAUAUACCCUCUUUCGUCU